GUGACCUUGCGGUGUUUGUAAACAGACACACGUUGCCGUCGCGAACUGUUACGAAGGAUCGCCAUCGCGAACCACCCCGUGUUAUUGUUGCCGAGAAGUGGCGUGCGAGGGGUGCGCGCGAACUAGUAAAUGGAGAUGGAGCCGAUGUGCAUCGUGGAGAACGAGACGGAGGGAUCUCGCGGUGAUCGGAAAGAGGGGGGCAAGAGGGGACGCAAGCCUGGAAGGAAGGCGGCGGAGAGGGCGGACAUGAAGGCUAAGCUCGAACGAAGUCGGCAGAGUGCGAGGGAGUGCCGUGCGCGAAAGAAGCUGAGGUAUCAGUACUUGGAGGAGCUCGUAGCCGAUCGUGAGAAAGCAGUACUUGCUUUACGAAAGGAGCUCGAAAUGUAUCGUCAGUGGACGCAGGAAUUGGACGCUGGACAAGUCCCUGAAGGGCUACAGGCGAUGUUGGAAGAAUUGGGCUCUUUUAAACGCGAAUAGACCAGCAGCAACUAAGCUCAGGCAAGGAGGCGAAGAAGUGACGUGGAUCGAGCAGUUUACAUUGUUACUUCGAUCGAAAUCCCCCUCCCGCGUACUGGAGUUUACUUUCCGUCUUCUCUUCUCUUCCUUUCUCUUUCACGGUUCUUCGAGGCAAUAGGGAAUAAUUGGCUUAUAAUUUGAAAAUUUUCUCUUUAUAUUGCAGUCCUGUGUUCAUCGAAGAAUGUAGUCGAUUUUUCGGUUUGUUUCAAGGAUUUUUUCAAUUUCGCGUGAUUAGAGGGAUUCUUCCUGCUAUCUUCUCUUCAUUUUGUCACAAGGCGGAUUACUUCGUUAUCUCAUGCGUUACUCUUUUUUGUAUGUACAUUUUGUUAUCGUGACUCGUUGACACAUAUUUUUUAAUGCUCGUUGAUUAGAGACAUUAAUCGGUCGAUUAUCUACGGCCUCACGCUUAAAAUAUACCUCCCUCGUACGCGAUUGUUGUGGUGUAGAAGAAGAAAGUAUAGAUAUAUCGCUGUUGUUGUACGCCUCGAAGGAAAAAAAAAAACGUUGUGUAUCAUACAAAGUCUAUAUUCAAUGUCUGUUCAAAGGGCGUCAUUGCGAAAGCUUCUCGUUGACUGUUUAACAAUUUGUUUAAACUUUACUGAUACACGGUAUUCUUGUACCGUGAGUAAUUAUCAUUUUGUACAAAUCUCAGCGCCAUUAUAAAAAGUUAAUUCGUAUAUGUGUGCACGAAAGAGUGUAAUAUUAUCGAAUAAAUCCGAUAUUUUUUGAUGAA